AACUUUUUCACUUUUCUACUUCUACUCCACUCCAAUCCAUUUACUCCCGUUCACCUUUCUGCACAACACAGAACUUUUGAGCGUCAAGCAAUUUCCCACGCUUAAGACCUCCAUCGAGGUAUGUUAUUAAAUUUAAUCAAGCAUCAUGACUUGAUUCAACCCACCCAAUGCGCCCUUCAAGAAGCCAGGGGAGAGCAAUCAGAGGUCUACCGCCAGCCGUCGCAUCACGAUUAACGAUUACGAUGGUCGAGUCGGACCUCUGAUACGCUUCUCCUCUCCAGUACUGAGCGGGCAGAACCCUCCCCAAGCGGCGCAUUGGGGGAGGGCACUCUCCAUGCUCAUGGCUUUUGAAGGCUAACCAAAUGUUUCACCUUGCAGAUACCUCACAUCUAUCCACGGACGAUCUGAGAAUCUCACCCGAACACCGCCAAAAUGGUUAAGACUUCGGUUCUCAACGACGCUCUCAAUGCGAUCAACAAUGCCGAGAAGACCGGCAAGCGACAAGUCCUCAUCCGACCUAGCUCCAAGGUCAUUGUCAAGUUCUUGACCGUCAUGCAGCGACACGGCUACAUCGGAGAGUUCGAGGAGGUCGACGACCACCGAUCUGGCAAGAUUGUUGUUCAGCUCAACGGCCGCAUCAACAAGUGCGGUACCAUCUCUCCCCGAUACAACGUCCACCUUGCCCACCUCGAGAAGUGGGUUGUCAAGCUGCUCCCUUCUCGUCAGUUCGGUUACAUCAUCCUCACCACCUCUGCUGGAAUCAUGGACCACGAAGAGGCCCGACGAAAGCACGUCGCUGGCAAGAUCAUUGGUUUCUUCUACUAAACGGGAUGAUAAAAAAAAGGGGGAUGGGAAUGAACUAAGGGAUAUGAACUGACUGGGAGCAUUUUCGGCGUUGGGGAAGGAAUGGAUAAUGGCCAAGUCGAUUCAUGGCUUGAUUUUCAUGAUUUCAUGAAGCCAAAAUACACCACGAUACCACGAAAUGCUACACUAAGUCCAGUUCUGCAGUAAGCGCUUGUGUUGCCAAGCCCUUUUUGUGCCAUGUGAAAAUGCAGGUUGUACGAGUGCUCCUACUCCGCACAGGUACUAAGGGGCUAUUACCCCAUUCCCUAAAAAGCAUCUUGGUAAUCUGAUCCUUCUGUACAACGGUGACCUUUAAUUGGAGUUUGAGUUUAUUUACUAUAAGGUUCUGUCAUCCUGUAAAAAACAAAACUAAAUAAAUAAUCCUCCGA